AUGUGGUUUGAUUCAAAACAACCAAGUAGGGGUACAACAAAGAUUCUAACCGAAGUCGCAUUCCCGCCCUUCCUCACAGCCGAACUCACUGUGUUACCAACACCGUUUCACGUGUGCAACUUCUCAUCGGAUACCUGUGGUUGGUCCAACGAUCACAAUAGCUGGAAAUAUCGAUGGAAAUUGACUAGCGAGGAGCGUGACAUACAGCUAUAUGGACAAAGUCUGUGUUUAUCUGCCAAACCCAUGAAUAACAAUCCGGAUGGCUCACCUGCCUCUCAUUGGUUUGACAAUCCGUACGGGGAAGAUGAAGAUGAACAAAAGACAGAUGGUCCAAUUCAGUCGCGUUUAUGGAGUCCACCGAUACGCAAGAAAUUACGCCUCGGUUGCAUUCAGUUUACGUACUCUUUCAGUACCUACUCCGCUGCACCGGAAGAUGUGAAAGCAUUCUCAUUGGCUCUGUUGCGUCGUGAAGAAGGGUGA